AUGAAGGCUAUCCUCCAGCGAGUGCUCUCAGCCUCAGUCACGGUAGAGAAAGAGCUAGUGUCAUCCAUCGGCAAAGGCAUCUUAGUCUUUGCAGCUGUGGCUCCUGGAGAUACCCAGAAAGACGCUGAAUUUAUGGCAGCUAAGGUCUUGAAGAUGAGGUUAUGGGAUGAUGACGAAAGAGGCCGGUGGAAAAGAAGUGUCCAAGACAUUAAUGGCGAGGUCCUUUGCGUGUCCCAGUUCACACUUCUCGCUUCGACAAAGAAAGGAACCAAGCCCGACUUCCACGGGGCCUUAGGACCAGAAGAGGCCAGAGACUUGUACCAGUAUUUCUUCAGCAAGGUGCAGGAAGGCUACGAUGCAAAGAAGGUGAAGGACGGCGUCUUCCAAGCCAUGAUGGAGGUUGCUUUAGUCAACGACGGACCGGUUAGAACCCCCACAUCAGUCAUCUAG